AUGGAGGGCCAAACGCAAGAUUCGGAAGCCACGCCGCGUCUCCCACGUCAGUAUCAGGCUGAGGUGCGCGAAGCUUCCGUUGAUGAGCUUGCGCAUGAUGAUUUGUAUGGGGGCGGAAACCAGCCCCGACACGUAUCGUUGAGCGAGACCCACGACGCAGAAAACUCUCAAUGGAUAGCCGACUACAUCACCGAAGAGCCCAUCGAUUUUGCUCAAGAGCUUCAAUCGACCAGCGCAGGGCAUCAGCAACCCACUACAACGCGCAACGAUGGUCCUUCAUGGAGGAAUUCCCGACGACCGUCACGACCCCAGCCACAAAAGACUUCACGUGUAGAGCCUGGGACGAAUAGUUCUAGAAACGAACUGGCGCUCAGAUUUGAGGUCCCACGCCCGGUCUCGACCCCCGAAGAAUCAGAAAGCAGUAUCAUCACCGAAGACUUUAGCGAGAGCGAGACAUCGAGCAGAGAAGAGGAUACACCUCCGAGAGAUCCCCCACUUUUACAGCCCAACCGCUAUGCGAUGCAUCCAGUGGACAUCGAGGGCAACAGGCUCUCAUUUCAGGUGCAGACCAAGCCUUCGAGCAGCAGCAUCGCUCCGAGUGAAGAAUCUGAUAAACCCGAAAUCGAGGAGGGCCUAGGAGCAGAGAAGAAGGAACCGAGAGACAAGAAUCUGGAGAUACGGAGAAUCACCAGAGCAAUGGCGAUCGAGUCUGAGGCCCAGAACAUGCUUGAAAUUCACACUCUACCAAGUCUGGCGAGCCCUCGAUUACGAACAAGCAUAGCAACAACAUGGUACCACCUCAAUGGUAGUCAUCUCGACUUUGACCGCUUCGAAAAGGUCUGCCUCACUAUCCCACAUUUGUCUGACCGCCUACAGGCCCUUACCUGCGAGGUCUUGUUGAAACUGCGAGGCGAAAAGAUUAAGCCAUUUGUAGGCGGUAAAUUCAUCGAGCCAGGGACCGUUCUUCGAGCCGACGAAUCCGAUCCAACAGACACCCAGUCCGUGAUCUUCAGCUGCGUACCUUACUUCGGUCUCCAACAAGUUGCAAAGCGUACUACUGGGCAAGAAGAUUCAUCGUUCCAUCCACGUACCUUGAUGCAGGCUUUGUAUCCGUAUGAAUCUGUUCGUGAGCGAGAUGAGGAACAGUCAUACAGGAGGUUUGGCAAUGAUCCGAUGAACAACAUCGUUCAUGUCCCCAGCCUGUGGGUCAUUAACAUUGGAUCAACUGCUAUUGUGACAUACGGACACGAAACUCUGCCUAUAGCGAUGAAAAAUUCAAUCGGCAUUGUUGAAGAAGAAAUUAGGCUUCUUGGCAGGCAGAGCAUCACUGAGAACACUCUGACCAAGGUUCACAUCACCAAUCGCGACGGGAGCAGCCUCACAUAUCCCAUAGGUGAUUUCAGGUCCUAUUUCCAACUGGAAUCGCGAAUUCUCCACAGCAAUCCGUCUCUCGAGGGGCCCCUUGUUGGCGAAGGGAUCAACUUGAAAGUCGAGGAUGUGGAUGGAGGUACUAUGGCCGGGGCUGGAAACUGGAAAAACAUCGUCUCUCGAGCAGCCCAGCUUGUCUCGAUCACCAUUACGAUUCCAUACGACCAGAUACGUGACGGAAGAGAUGAAGAAGCUUCGACCGCAGAACUAGCGGCUGUCGGCCCCCCUACGUGUGUUCCGCCCUUCUUUCACUGGUUGCAGUCUAAGACCAACGACCUUUCUCCUAGAAGUGGGAAGCCGGUGGUACUCGGUAACACCGGGAAAGACCGGUCCAUCGCCUGCCUGGACUACGUGGAGAAGCUCAUGACGUCGAGGUCUCUUGUUCGUUCAACCAGUCCUGUAGAGGAUGCUUUCACCUCAACCAACUACUACCGCUCCUUGCCUGAGACGGUAUGUGAAGGCGUUGCUACGCGACUGUCCGAAUUACAGGAGCUGGUCAAAGCAGCGCCUCUACCGGAGUCGGGUUCCAUAAACCACAAGAUGAUUGUCACCACUCAUUGCCGUAAGAUUUUGACAAGAUCAGUCGAGUUUCUCGAUACUGCCUGCAAAACUUUAGGUCUUUUCGUAGAUGACCUGGAUAGUAGCAGCAUACUUCGAAAGCUAUCGGGCGCACUGCAAAACAUCCAUCAGCAAGUAACGAUCAUUGCGCAACGUGGAGCGGUUGAGCCCGACCCAGAGGAAUACACGAACUCUGAUUGGAAGCACCCUGACAUGCUAAAUAACCGUAUCUGGUCCAUCCGCACCUCCGCUUGGGAAGUCCCAUCUUCACUCCCAGAAUCCAGGAAAACACUGCAAAGGUCGAUCCAGCGUUUUUCGAAGAACUGCAAGACUGGAUAA